AUGGAGCGAACGGGGUCCGGUUCGAGGGCCCUGUUCCCCAAGGGACCCAGCUAUAGCCUCGACGACUUCUCAAACAAAGACUUCAUUGUGCGCGACUUCGUUGACACCCUCGCCGAGAGUGCCAUACCUGCAAAUCGCCGUUCCGGUCCCGCCUCGGCGCCUUUCGAUCCCAAGCCCCUGAUCCGCACCUUCGAGAAUGCCCUGCAAGGGCUGAGUAAUUUGUCCGAGGAACUACAGGCGAAGGAAUCCGAGCUUCUAUCGCAAGUGCGACGGGCUGAGGCCCAGCACGAUCAGACGCUCGAUACGCUAGGCCGGAAAUUGGAUCAGUCCAUCGACUCUUUCGAGGCUCUCGAUAUCAACCUGAACGGCACCAACGGGGUGGAUCGCGCGAAUCGCGGCGACGCAGGAGGAAACGUCGCCGUACAGAUUGGAGAGAAGCUCGAGGAGUUGGACAGGAAAAGAAGAAGAGCUCAGGAUGCCAACUUCUUGAUCCAAUGUUGGCUCGAGGUCAGCGACACUGGCGAACUCACAUCACUGCAAGACAUAAGGAGGCAAGGAGGUGCUGAGAACAAGGUCCGCUGUGCAGUCAUCGCCCAACAACUCAUGCGCAUCAGCCAAAGACUGGACCUCGCUGCUUGGGGCGAGACCAAUGGCUACCGGAAUGGCGUCACAAACGGCGUCGUGGGUACAGGUCGGCCAAAUCACAACACCCGCGAGGUCCUGGAGAAGUUCUGCGAAACGCUAGAGCAGGAUCUCCUGAAGCAGUUCAACAACAGCUACAGAAAGCAGAACUUUGAGGACAUGAUGGAGUGUUCCAAGGUUCUCCACGACUUCAACGGCGGCGCCAGUGUCAUCGCCGUUUUCGUGAACCAACAUCAGUUCUUCAUCGACCGUGAUCAGUUGAUUACGGAUGAAGUGACCACAGAUGGAGAGACAUGGGAUCAACUGGCAGAUCCUGACCAAGAUCCUCCUGGCGUUGAACCAAGUCUGCAGUCUCUCAUCGACGAGGUCAAGAUCGUUAUGCAGGAGGAGUCUUUCAUCAUCAAACGUGCUUUCCCCUACUACGAAACCGUCUUGACAAAAUUCAUCCAAAGAGUCUUCCAACAGUCCAUCCAGCAGCGCCUCGAGAUGGUCUUGGAGAAAGCGGAGACCAUAUCGACACUGGCCUUCCUGCGCUCACUUCACGCUUCAAGGGGUUAUAUCAGCGCUCUCAUUGAAGAUCUCAAGCAGCAUGGCCUUACGGAGAACCCAGAGCCUUGUACGGCACAAAUUGCCCAAAUUUUGGAUCAGCAGAUGGAGGAAUUAUUCGUUCCCUACAUGGUCGGUAACUCGUAUAUCGAACGAGAAAAGAAGAGUCUGGAGGAGUUGUUCAACUCGUUGCUCUUCAAGUAUAAUAUUUAUCAUUCCAGGCGGAAGAAGGCACCGACGGGAUUUAUGGCUUCGCUCGCUCAACAAGGAUCUCAGUUAAUGGCGUCCGCGAAAGAUGCCUAUUUAGACAGGCUCGAUUCGUCUGACCUGACACCUACACAGAAAGCAAUGAUGUUGAGAGUUGCUGGAGUAUCAGACACAGACAAGAACAAAAACGAGAUUGAAGUCUCAGAGGAGGACGGUGUUCUCAGUACUGCCAAUGCUAAACGUAUGAUGAAAUGGCUAGCGGAAAGUGUCCGGCGUACUCUUGAGCUUGGCAAUCAGACCGACACACCAAAGGAUGUCGCGAUUCUACUCAACUUGCUCAUGACUAAUAUGGGUCAGGUAUACGUCGAGACGGCCUUGGAUGCAGCUUCAGAGAAAGCAGCGAGCCAGGAAAACAUCAAGUCGGAGCCAGACCUGGGUUACCUGCCCCUCGUCCGCCCGGCGGUCAUGAUCACAAGCAUCAUGUCUCGGUUCAUAACCACAGUACUCAUUCGUCUUGCCGAGUCCAACACCACCGUACGUCGUAGCAUGGAAGCCCAGACAAAAAUGGGCAUCGAGGCCAUCGAGAAGAAGACCAAUAGCAUUCUCAAAUCAACACUCGACGUUCUGGCCAAUUAUGUCACCAAACAACUCGCCAACCAGAAGAAAGUAGACUUCCUGCCCAAGGACGAUUCCGUUCUCGAGAACUUCCAAACCCCCACCUGCGACACCAUCUGCGCCUUCCUCACCCGUGCAGUCGGUCUCAUCUCCCAGGCUGUUGAUGGUGCCAACCGGUCCCAUUUUGGCGAUCAACUUGCCCUCGCCCUGCAGCGACUCCUGCUCGACCACUUCAAGCGCUUCCGCGUCAAUGCCGCCGGCGGCCUCAUGGUCACUAAGGAUAUCGCAAAGUACGUCGGCACGCUGAAGCAAGCGGAGUCGUCGCUCAGUAAAGACGUGGAGGCAAGCGUCGACCUGUUGACCGAGAUUGGAUACCUGUUUAUCAUAGGGCCCGAGGCGCUCAGGGAGCGGAGCCGGAACUUGGCUGGCGGUGGCCCGUCGGGUGCGGGAAGCGGUGGAAAGAGGUUGACGAAGGCUGAUUUCAAGACAUUCGUGGGCAACAGGGAGGAUUCUAAGAGCAUUGGUAUUCAGAGCGUGCUUGCUGGUUUAUAA